AUGGUUAACGCCACCAGUGACCCGCAACGCCCAAAGCAGGAGGCUUUAGGAGGGAAAAAAAAAAUCUUUAGUGUCCCAGGCUCGGAAGGGAAGCACACAGACCACCAUGUGUGAGCUGUACAGCAAGCAGGACACCCUGGCGCUGCGGGGAAAACACAUCGGGCCCUCGUGCAAAGUUUUCUUUGCUGCGGAUCCCAUCAAAAUAAUACGAGCCCAGGGGCAGUACAUGUUUGAUGAGAAAGGAGAACGGUACUUGGACUGCAUCAACAACGUGGCUCACGUGGGACACUGCCACCCACAAGUGGUCAAGGCCGCCGCGAAACAGAUGGAAUUACUAAAUACGAAUUCUCGCUUCCUCCAUGACAACAUCGUAGAGUUUGCCAGGCGCCUUUCAGCCACCCUGCCUCAGAAGCUCUCCGUCUGCUACUUUACGAACUCCGGAUCUGAAGCCAACGACUUAGCCUUACGCCUGGCACGGCAGUUCCGAGGUCACCAAGACGUGAUCACUCUUGACCAUGCUUACCAUGGUCACCUGUCGUCAUUAAUUGAGAUAAGCCCUUACAAGUUUCAGAAGGGCACGGAUGUCAAGAAGGAAUUUGUACAUGUGGCUCCAGCUCCAGAUACGUACAGAGGGAAAUACAGAGAGGACCAUGAAGACCCAGCCACAGCAUAUGCGGACGAAGUGAAGAAAAUCAUUGAAGAAGCUCACAGCAAUGGAAGAAAGAUUGCUGCCUUUAUUGCUGAAUCCAUGCAGAGUUGUGGUGGACAAAUUAUUCCUCCAGCAGGCUACUUCCAGAAAGUGGCUGAACACGUUCGAAGAGCAGGGGGCGUGUUCAUUGCUGACGAAGUUCAAGUGGGCUUUGGCAGAGUUGGGAGGCAUUUCUGGAGUUUCCAGAUGCACGGAGAAGACUUCGUUCCGGACAUCGUCACCAUGGGGAAACCUAUGGGCAACGGUCACCCAGUAUCCUGUGUGGUGACAACCAAAGACAUUGCAGAAGCUUUCAGCAGCUCAGGCAUGGAGUAUUUCAAUACUUAUGGAGGAAAUCCCGUGUCUUGUGCUGUUGGUUUAGCUGUGCUGGAUAUAAUCGAGAAUGAAAACCUUCAAGGAAAUGCUGUCAGAGUGGGAGAUUAUCUCACUGAGUUGCUGAAUGAGCAGAAGGCCAAGCAUCCUUUGAUAGGUGAUGUCAGGGGUGCUGGCCUCUUCAUCGGCAUUGAUUUGGUGAAGGACCAGGAGAAAAGAACACCUGCAACAGCUGAAGCACAGCACAUCAUCUACAAGAUGAAAGAUAAAGGAGUACUUCUCAGCGCCGACGGCCCUCAUAGGAAUGUGCUAAAAAUAAAACCACCCAUGUGCUUCACAGAAGAAGACGCCAAGUUCAUGGUGGGCCACCUUGAUGCCAUUUUAACAGUUUUAGAAGUCUUGGAAUCCAAGAGUGACAGUCUGAUCUCUGAGAACCCAGCUUGCAGAACAAAGAUGUCUAAGGAAGUUCACAUGGACUUACCCAACCAUAGCGCCACGGAGUCUAGAGAAAGCCACAGCAGAAAGAGAAAUGGUGUAUGCUCAGAUCAGCAUGCGCUGCUCAGCAAACGACUCAAGACAUGAAAGAUGAAUGUUAGACAGCAGAAAAAUACCCAGGGAUAAAAAGAGCGAGUGGACGCAUCUCACCUCUUAGUGAUCCUUUAAAUUAGAAUUAUUUCAUCUGCCCAACUUGUACAUUAAAAGUUAGAUUAGUAAUAUCGUUAAACUAUGUCAACAUUAUUAAUUCAACCUCUUGCCUAGUAAUUCCUUGCCUGCGAUUCUGAGGUUAUUUAUUCUACCAUCACUGAGUUUUCAAAUGCAAGAAUGAAGCUGUGUGCUUCACUUCUCAUGUUGUAAUGUUUGAAAUUAGAGAAGCAAGUGAAGCCUGUGCCUUAACUUCAGGGAGCUAGCAUAUUAAAGUAUUUUUAAUCAUAAGAAAUAUUCUAAAAUGGUUAAAUAUAUAAACUUUAUUUAUGGAUUUUAAUAAAAGAUGAUAUAAACAAAAAAUGAUGACUAUAAAAUGCAGAGAGCGUUGUAGGUUAUUGUGGUGAACUCUAAGUCAUUCCAAAAGGAAAUCACUGAGCGCAAAGGCAAAGGUGAAAGAGUGGGGUUGGGUAGAAGCCUGGUUACUUCCUGCCCUGUGGGAUCUGAAAGAGAACGUGUAUACACAGAAACACUUGCAUGACAAUGUCUCUAGAACAGCAUCAACAGCCAAAGCCCAGCUUUCAGAGUCAGAAACUUCAGUUCUGGCUACCCACAGGCCAUGCCACCUCAACCAAGUUGCUUAUCUACCUGGUAAAAUGAUCUCUUCCCUACCAUCUUAUCUUCCCAAAGUUCAUUAUCACCAGCACCCCAAAUAUACUAAAUUACCUUUGUUUGACCUGCAUCUCUCCUUUUCCCUUCUAAUCGUUAUUAAAUUCGCCAUAAAUAAGAAACAGUAACUUUUUCUAUGCCUGUUUACUGUUAACUAAGAGAGAUUUCUUCAUGGGAGCAUGAGCCUGUUCUUUGAAUGAUAGUAUUUUAUGGCACCUUUGCCUAUGUGUUGCACAUGCAGUGUGGUGCUGAGGGUCUAGUUUUUUGUUGUUGUUUGGUUGUUUUUGUUUUUUAAAAAUGCAAACGGAACAACCAUAAGGUCUCUAUUCCUAAAGGAAUAAACCCACAAGGGUGGAAUAAAAGGGGCCUUUGAAGUCAGCUUUCCAUAAAGUAGAUGAUUGGUUUCUUAAAGGAAUAGGGUCAUAUCAGGGGCUCAACACUGGAUUCUGCUUCAAUCAGCCUGGGUAUCAACCAGGGCAUUAUGAAAUUGGCCAUGAUCAGUAGAAACCUAGGCUUCUGGCCCACAUGUUGCCUUCAUCACCACCAUUGUGUACCCUCUGCUCAUGGCUCCAUUAUUAUUUGCUUGCUUGGAUGGCCAGUGUUGCCUCUGUUGUAGAUGCUUUUGGUAGGCACUAAAAGCAUGUACAAAAAAUCUUAACAUGAAGUAUUUACAUAAUAUAGCCAUUUAUAUGCUUGUACCCCAUAUCUCUCUUGUUCUAGAAUGUUCAAAUUUCUGGACAACUAGCUAGACCAUUUCCAGCUACUUAGGCACUCCCAUCAUUUCUUCCAUGCAAGGUAGAUACCCAGGCAUGGCACACAGAGAUCUGCCUCAGAAAACUUCCACUGCCACUCUUUCAAGACCCCAUUGAGAACAUCUAUAAAACAGCCAACAGCUGGUGUACAGAAAUAGUGGGUUUUUGAAUCCUCGUGGAGCUUAUCCCCUGUCCUCUUGAGCACAUGCAUCUUUUCAAUGUUCCAAGAUCCAAGGAGCAUCUCUGGCACCUCCAGCUACAGCAUCUUAGGGUCAUCAGUGCAGUGGAUCACAGGAUUUCUGCGAGGUACUCAGAUGUUAAAAAAAAAAAAUGGUUCCAUUAUACACCUGUGAUCCGUUAGAUGAAGAGGUAGACACAGAAAAACUCCUGGGGCUCACUGGCUAGCAAGUCUAGCUGAAUUGGUGAACUCGAGAUUCAGUCAGAGACUCAGGUUUGGUUUUCAGCAACCACGUAAGAGCUCACAACAACCUGUAACUUCAGUUCCAGGAAUGCAAUGCCUUCUGGCCUCCAAGGGCGUUCCAUGCUUGUAGUGCAUUUGUAUAUAUGCAAGUAUGUACACACACACACAUAAAAUAAAAAUAAACAAAUCUUUGACAAAAACUAAGGUGAGGAACAAAUGGAAAAGAUACUUGGCAUCAAAUUCUGUCCUACUCUUUCUCUCCUUUGGAUUUUUAAGAAGAACAUUAAUUGCUGCCACCCUGCCCUAGAAUGGACAUUAUCUUUCUUUUCUUUCUUUUUCUUUUUAAUGUUGGCUCAGUAAAGGAAGAAUGUUUGUAAAGGGAAGGCCUCAGGGGCUCCCCACUGGCCUUCUGCACUAUAGACACUUGUAUUCCACAAGUCAAGAAAAUCAUGGUCAACACACACACAAACUGUCAGGUAAGAUAAAAUUUACUAUAUAGCCACUUGUACUUCUCUGUAGCAAGGCCUUACAUUAUAAAGUCAACCAAUUUUUCACUAUAAUGUGCUCUGCAUGCUAUUACUCUUUGAAAUUUUUAAAGCAUGAUAUAUGGCCCAGUUUAUGCUCUGUUUUAUUUUUUUAAUGCUACAUAAAUUUUAAAAAUAUGUAAAUUCUGAGCUACUCUAAAUAAAACAUAGAAGCCAAGUUUUAUAAACAAGUUUGUAGUUUGUCAGGUUUAUAGUGAAGGUUUUGAUCAUGUUUAAAUCUUGUUUUUCUAUUGAAAAAUAUUUGCUUGUUCUAUCAAUUAUUGAGCUGUGAAUAAAAUAUUCCCACAAUA